AUUUUAGAAGUAAAGAACAGUCUCAAACAGCAGCCCAAAUCAGCGUCAAAAAGUAAUCUUUAAUGCUUUGAGGCAGUUGUGACCAAAACUCAAAUCCAAAAUGUCGAAUCGCGACCUUACUGAUUCCGAGCACGACGAGGAAACUCCUAAUUCUUCAACUACCCACUCAAAGAAGAAGCUCAGAGGUUCCAUGAAUGGCAGAAACGUCAAGGAUGUGCCGGAGUAUGAGAAACAGAGGAUUUCUAGGAUCGCCGAGAACAAGAAGAGAAUGGAGGCCCUUGGAUUGGCCAAAAUGGCCACCUCAUUUUUGGAUUCCUCCAAAAAUUUGAGGAAGACUGAUAUAAAGGGGAAGCGGAAACUGGGGGAAGCUGCCGAUGAUGAUUAUAAGCCUGGCAAUGAUUCUUCAAGUUCUGAAGAUGAGGAUGACUCGGAGGAAGGGGAUGAAGAUUUUGGAAGUGGGAAAGUUUCUGGGUCUCGUGGAACGAAGGGAAAGAAUAGAGGAUCAGAAACAAAAAGGAAAGUUUCUGUCAAGAAAUCAAACAACUUUAACCAUGAGGAUGAUGAUGAUGCAUUGCAACAGGCCAUCAAACUUUCACUUCAAGAUUCUGGCGAAAAUUCUGAUGCACAGGUGCAAGGUUCUUUUGAAAAUGUUAGAAGGAAAAACUUGAAGAAUCAGGAAGCGAGAGGAGGGAUGAAGAGAAAAGGAUUGUUCACUAGUCGGAUGCAGAUGAAUGAGGAUGAACUUAUCAUGAACUUCUAUUGUUUUGAUGAGUCGUGGAAAGGAGGCAUUACUGUUCGUGACUUGAAAAGAGUGGCAGAUGCUCAUGAUUUUACUUGGUCUGAGAUAGAAUUAAGGGAUAUGAUUGAUUGCUUUGACAAUGAUGGAGAUGGGAAGUUAAAUCUGGAUGAUUUCCGGAGAAUAGCUGGUCGAUGUAACAUGAUAAAAGAGUCCAUCACAUGAUGGAAUCGGACAUUGAUAGACUGGUGCACCAAUGUGUGAAGGAGAAUUUAUAGCAAGAAUUGAAGAGCAUUGUGAUAUUGAAUCUCUGUACAUUUUUCUAGGACAAUCAAAUUCAGGUAUGCUCUUUAUCCAGCUAUUCAGAAGCAAAUUGUGAGGGUUGUUGCAAAGAGAAUCAAAAUUUUCUUGUUGGAAGGAAAAACCCUAACGAUCAUCAUAAGAUGAGGGAGAAUAAUGGCUCUGGACAACAAGAGUAUCCGAUCAUGAUUUUGUUGAAUUUCAAAAUAUUAAGGAAAGCAUUUGAACUUGUCAUUAUAAUGUAAAACUCUGACCCAUGUGUUUCAAGGAAAAUAUGCAUGAGCGCAUUCGGUUCUUGUCAAAACUUACUCCUUUCUAAAAUUUUGUGUUAUGGUAACACUGAAUCUAGAAUUACAAGAUCUUGAUUAUUAUGUCUGUUUGAA